AUGCCCACAUUUACCAUCAUCUCCUCAAACACUGCGGUCUUACCUGGAGAGAGCGUUCAGUUCAAAUGUACCACACCCAACCCCACCUGCAUCCCUGUAGACUUCAGAUUGUACAAAUCUGGAACAGUGAUCAUGAAGCAAACAGCUGAAUCUACAACAAGCUUCAGUUUCACAGUGGAUGCAUCACAUCCGGGCCAGUACAGCUGCGACUACACAUACGGGCAAAUCAACACGACAUCGGCCAGAAGCGCCUCCAUUACUAUUACUCUGGUAAACUUGGAGGAGCCCAAAAUCUCUUUUAGUUCCUCUGAUGGAUGGUUCCAGCCGAUUGUGACAAAGGGCACCAGUUUCUCCAUCAUCUGCACCACUGCUCCCCAGUAUCAGGGAGGGUCGUUUCACCUGAAGUUUAGUGGGUCCGACAUCAUCAGCACAGAAACAGCAGUCAACCACUCAGCCACCUUCUUUUUUCCUGAGGUGGAUUAUGUCCAUCAGGGAAACUAUACCUGCUCUUAUGAGGUUACGGUGUCUUCACGAAGCUUUUACUCUACCACUGAAAGCCUUACUAUCACUGUAAAAGCAUCAUUGGUUCCGUUUAUUGGUCUUGGAGCGACUGCAGGACUACUUUUACUUUUAGUGCCAGUCAUCAUUUACUGUGUGAUGAGACGGAAACACAAAUCUCAGAUAGAUAAAAAGAGUGAAAAUAAAAAGCGACCCAGUAACACAUAUGUGGAUCCCCAGAAUCAGAAUGAAUCAGAUGAUGACUACGAAAAUCAAGAAACCAUUUUUUACAACAAGAACGCCUCAGAAGACUCAGAUGAGAUCUACUGUAAUGUAGAUGAUGACAAAGAGAAAAGAGAAAUGGACAACACACAAACCUUCCUCCACAAGACAGAAGACUCAGAGGACUCUGACGAUGACUACUGUAAUAUAGAGGAUGAAAAGAAAACAGCAAUUGACAACACAGUUGACUCGGAAGGCUCUGAUGACGACUACAUCAAUGCAGAUGAAAUACAGAAACCGAUUUCCAUGAGAAGGAUUUAGACGACUCAUUAAUGUGGGAAAGAAUAACAAAAUAAAAGUUUUGUAAAAGGGAGUGUUAAGAGCAGCAUAAUGGUAACACUGGUAGACUGGCAGCCCUAAAGCAUCAUGGGUCCUGAAGUCUGUGUAGGUUUCCUCUGAGUAAACAAAAUAUACAGUUUUUCGGCAGAUUUUUAGAAACUUGUUAAAACAUUUAAACUGAAAACCUGCUAGAAUAUCUGCUAUUGAAACUAAUGUGGGGAAGGUUUUUAUUUUGUGUCACUCCGGAAUAAAAGUGAAUUCCUGAGCUGGAUUUCCUGAUCUCAACUAGUCCAAAUCCUAGACAUUUUAUUGUAU